GAUGCCUCGUCUUCCAAAUACUCGAUGACUCGAGCCACUCCCCAUGGCAGUCGACUCUGACACUAUACCAGCUGGCUCAGCUGGCUUUGGCCAAAAACCCAAUAUUGUCACUCAAGGAUCGACUCCUCACAGCGAGGUCGCGUCCAUCGAGACAGGAUCCGAUAUGUCUGUCAACGAUGCAAGUCUCUCUCCUAAACCAUCUUCUCGUCUCUCCUGGAAAGGCGGCAUUUCGAAUCUCCUCAGACGCUCUGGAGAACGACAUGUGACCCCUCAAGAAGUGAGCCGAUGGUCCAAGACGACGACCGACUCGGACAUAAGUGAGCCGGUGAAAACAGCCUCGCUGAUCAAGGACAAAGGGGUGCUCAAGAAGAUGAUGAAGAACAAACCUUUGGGUGUGUCAGGCCCGGCUACAGAUACAAGCCCAGCCGAUCCAGCGUAUGACCCGGUCAGCGAGACAGUUGGCCCUUUUGGUGAUCCCUUGAUCAUACCCGCCAGCUCUACAGACGGUCCAGAAGAGCCCACAUCCUUCUAUGACGACGGCUCUGACGAAUCCACAGUUGCUUCUCCACGUUCAUCCAUCGUGCAACGAGCCAGUAGUGUGCGUGUUGCCCGACCACGCAUUGUGCAACACUGCAACGACUCUGGAGGCUCUAUCGGCAAGCUGUUCGCGCCCGAUAGCACGCCAAUAGAAGAAGAGCCUGCAAUGUUGGUUCCAACAGCUCUCAGUCCGAGCCACCAGCUCAGAAAGCUACAUACCAUGAAUGCGGAAACCGAGAAAGAAAUAGAUGAUCACAUCAAGGUAACCUCCCCAGGAGGCAGACAAGACGCCUUGGACGCUCUGGAGGGCAAGAAUCCCAGCUUCGAAGAUAUCGCAAACAUCGCUCCCGAAGAUGCAGCCAUAGACCGCACCGAGGCAAGGGACACGAUCAAAAACACCGUCAUCGAAUAUCCCACUAGCCCAGAAACAGUCACAGGGACAACUACCCUGCCAACACCACUCGGGGGAUUUGGAUCUCUCCGACUACACAAGAGGGACAGGGAUGCCAAUCAAGUGACCACAAAGUCCGGCAACACCCCUUUUGUCGACGGCCUUCGUUCCAAUCCAGUGGAAGUCGACAAGAAGCUCUCUCGGGCAAUCUCCGCCCCUAUCAGCCAGUCUGGUCGAAGGGUAACGAUCCGCCCAUCGAACUUGGUCAUCGGCCGUACCGCCACCGAUAGCAGUACGUUCCGUGAAUCCAUCGUCAGCACACCCUACCCGGCACGACAGAACAGUAUUACUGAAGAGGAUGAAACUUCUUCUCAAGCCAAUCAAACUUCGUCGGGUCAUGGUUAUCGGCGAGCACGCCCUCUAUCAGACCAGACCGAAGUCGAUUCUGCGGAAGAGAAGGAUGAUGAUUUAGAUAUUUCCAUCAACGAAAAGCCGCCAAUCGUGCCAAUUUCAACCAAACCUUCGAUCAUGCCCACCACCAGCCGAUCUGAUCGCUUCCCAUCGCCUGUGGCUCCAGAGAUUCUCUUCCUCGAUCUACGACUUGCACGUCAUCCAUCGGCGAGGGUCAAAGUCGAGGUCGAAGUUGUCGACAAAACCACUUUCGACGACGAACAACUAUUCAAAUUAAUCCAGAAGACAUACAACAGCAAAUUCCAUGGACUGGUACGUGGGCUAUUCUCGGCGAGCAAAUUGUCACAUGCAAGCCUAGCACCAUCAUCUUCGUCAUCCUCACCGUCGUCGUCACCUUCCAUCCAUGGUUAUUCUGGAUCUGGAUAUGGAUAUGGAUAUGGACAUGGAGAUUGGCACGGUCAACAACCUUUGACCAUCGAUGGCGCAGACUUCAUACGACACUUACUCCGACCGCGACUUGGACAUCGGCGAAAAGUCUGGCUACUCUGGCUUCGAAACCAGCAGCAUGUGCACCGAGGUGGUCGUAUUACUGCAUCGCCACGCCAUCGAUCUCGACUAUCCAAUGACGACAGUCCCGCCGACUCGACCGUUAGCCCGGUGUUCUCGUUUAUGCCAUCACGAGACGGAGGAAGUAUCGCUACAAGUACCAAUCAUAAUACCCAGCAGCAUAAUGCCGUCCAUAACCACAACGAAAACGACGGUGAAGUGAAACCCUCUGUUCCUCACAGCAACAAUAGCACCACCAAUCUCCGUAACCCAGCCCAAGCCCCAGCCCCAGGUUCAUCAACCCAAGCAAGCAACAUCGCCAUGCCACGAAUGCCAUUCCAGACCUAUCCACAACGACUUAAAUCCACCGUCUCUCACAGUCAACCUCAAACCCCCAACACUGCAUCAACAUGGUCAAAUUACGAAGCUGUACCACCAAGUCGUAUCCACAGCCAUAGACACCCACAUACACAUUCACAUUCAGUUUCACAUACCACCAUCGAUGGAAUCCCCACCCUAUAUCUACACUAUACAUUCUGUCUCUGGCGUGUGCUAUUAUUCCUCGCCUUGACAAUCAUAGCAUCGCUAUUCACGACGACCAUGUGGAUCUUAUUCGGACUUCCUGGUCGCGGAGCGGAUCAAGGUGAUGGAGAAGUGGUUUUUGAAGAUAAAGCGUAUCCCUUGAGUUGGCAGCGUGAUGCGCAGGGUCGGGUGGGAACGGGGCUUUUACUUGGGUUUGUGGUCCUCGCGUUGGGGUGUAUUGCGGAGGGAGCGUGGGUUUGGGCGAGUUGGGUUUUGAAUUGA